UGACAGCUGGGCUUACCAGCCCCAGGGGAUCAGGUGGCCUCCCCUACCCAGGCCACUGGCAGCCUAGUUCUCUUGGGCAGAAAGCUCCACCCGGGCUCCAGUACAGAGUACUGAGCUGGGCCAGGCCUUUGUCCCACACUUGUCGACAGAGGAGAGCACUGAGAAGAAAGUGUCCCUCCUGAGUACCCCUGACAGCCCCGGAAGGAGGCUCCGAGAAGUGACCUGUCAGGAAUCACCUGUACGGGACAGCAGUAAAGACCACAAGACAGAAAGCCGGGGACCACGGACAGCCCACUUGGUGGGGGCAGCAGCUUCUGUCUCUUGCCUCCCGUGAGCGGAUUUGGCGGUGCCAUGGUGGUGCUACACAGCACUGACACAGGGAGCAAUGGGGUAUGUGUGCCGUUGGAGCCCUUCCUGCACCAGGUUGGCGGCCACCUGAGCAUGCUGCAGUACGAUGCACACACAGUCUGCAAGCCCCUUAACUCCCAAGAGCAGAAGUUCUACGAGUCCCUGCCCCUGGCCAUGAGGUGUUUUACCCCGCAGUACAAAGGUACCAUCACAGUGCACCUCCGGAGAGACAGCAGAGGCCAUCUCGGCCUGGUCGCCAACCCACUGAAGGAGAACUUGGAGCCUCUCCAGGUCUCCCCAGAUUCCAGAGCCGUAGCCAUCUGGCAGACACUUCAGCAGACAGCCAGCAGUGGGAGCAGCCCCCGUCCCCUGGCUCAGCUGGCACACUCACUCAAGGAAAGCACAGCCAAGGUGCUUCUGAGCUCUGACUGCCACCUCAGCAUGCAGGCCUCCCCACAGGAGGAAAGUGCGGAUGGGAGCCAGGUGGAAAGAAGGGGCUUUAACCCUUGGGGACUGCACUGUCACCAAGCCCACCUGACCCGCCUGUGUUCUGAGUACCCAGAGGACAAACGGCACCGUUUUUUGCUCCUGGAAAACGUGGUAUCACAAUACAAGCAACCGUGCAUCCUGGAUCUAAAGAUGGGGACCCGGCAGCAUGGGGAUGAUGCGUCGGAGGAGAAGAAGGCCCGUCACAUGAAGAAGUGUGCGCAGAGUACUUCAGCCUGCCUGGGCGUGCGCAUCUGUGGCAUGCAGGUUUAUCAAACUGAUAAGAAGAGUUUUCUCUGCAAAGACAAAUACUACGGAAGGAAACUCUCGGAGGAGGGGUUCAGGCAAGCCCUUUCCCAGUUCCUCCAUAAUGGAAUCCGCCUACGCACGGAGCUCCUGGAGCCCAUUCUUCGCAGGCUGCACGCUCUGCUCACGGUCAUUCGGAGCCAGAGUUCCUACCGCUUCUACUCCAGCUCCCUGCUCAUAAUCUAUGAUGGGCAGGAGACCACUCAAGGCAGCCCUUCCGGUGCCCCUGCCAAAGUCGAUGUCCGAAUGAUCGACUUCGCUCACGCGACGUACAAGGGUUCCUGGAAUGAGCACACCACCCACGAGGGACCAGAUCCUGGCUAUAUUUUUGGCCUGGAAAACCUCAUCGGGAUUCUGCAGGAUCUCCGAGAGGGAGAAUGAAGGUUCUUGGAACUUUCUGGAAUCUUCUGGGCUACAGAUUUUGCAAAGGGACCCAAGCUAGAGUAGCCUAGCUCCAUCCCCUGUAGGUGUCUUUGUAAUAACCAUAUCUACCUUCAGCAGCCGUCUCUAUGCGUGGCAAACAGCACUGACAGUUGCCACAGGAACCUGCUCCGCAGGCAUCCGCCCCUCACCGGGCAUCUUCUGCAGUGCAGCUUCUCUUGGAGCAGACAGAAGAGCCGCCAUUAUCAGGGCACAGGAGGGUGGAGCCUGGGUCAGAGGCCAGCACUGCAGUGAUGCCCGUCAGCCACGAGGGAGAGAAACAAAACAAUCUCCUGGAAGAAGUCUGGAGGAGUAUUCUGCUUGUGGGGCUCAGCCAGGCCACAGGCAGCACAGCUGACGCCUCCCACCUCCUACGAAGAGAUACAGGUGGGGCAGGAGUAAGUGAACCCGCCUUGUACUCAGGUUCUAAAUGGACAAAAACACAGGCCAGGGUGUGGCGGGGUAGCUCAGUAGGAGGCUGAAGCUUCGCAAGCAGGAGCUCCUGGGCUCCAUGGGGCCCAGAGUCAAAAAGCAAGAAUAACAAUGAAAAUGAAUGAAUGGGUGAACAAGCACAGGCCCAGGCAGACCUUGAUACACCCCCCCCCACGCAUGUGAGGGGAGGUGUCCCCACAGACUUCUGGGGGGGCGUGGAAUUAGCGAGUCUGCCACCCCGUGACCACAGGAUGAGCCUGACCUGGAAACGCAGCUUCCAGUGGAGGCGGAGUACACCAACCGAUGAGCCAAUAGCCUGCAUCCCCCCCCCCUUUCUAUUUAUUUAUUUUGGGUGUGGGUAGGGGGAACCCAGGGCAGUGUUUACAAGAGCAGUGAAAGCGAGGAAACCAGAGCAAACAGGUCCAACGAGGACGGUCUUCUUCUGCAGCAUUGAAACUUAUUACAAUGCCCUGGAGCCCGCCGCUAUGCUAUGCUCCCCAAUUAAGGAAAUAAAUUUGUUAAUAAAAUUGCUGAGGUCACCAGUGAUUAUUGGUGUGCCUAAUGCCC